CUUUUCAUUCCCAACAAACAUCAUCCGGAUCCGAAAUUCACUCCUGAAUCGCGAAUCGCUACCACUGCAACGCUCACUCAUAGUGGACCCGAUAUGCCAGCGGGUCUCGUUACACGUCGUACUCAGUUCUCCAGCUGCGAUGAGUGUCGUAGAUCGCGUGUGGCUUGUGAUGCCCAGAGCAGCGAAGGGACUUCUUCGUGUACACGCUGUCGGAACCGUCACCAUGCGUGUACCUUCAAAUGGCUUCAAAAUGCCAAGACAAACAAUGGAGGGACAAAGCGCAGGUCGCGUCGAGGGACGACACGGCCUACAAGCGACACAUCGUCAACACGCGACAGUCGAGUCUCGGAUACAUCCCGUGAGUCGGGUUUUGAUCCAGGUCCUGCAAAUGACCUAGACCAUGAUACCUACAGAGAUAGCUCAACUGUGCCGGCAAUGCCUGAGUCAGCAUCUUUGCCAUGGUGUCCAAGUCCGAUAAGAAAUUCAGAAGAGAGUGUCCACAUGGAAAAUGUCGACUCUAGAUGGCUUGAUACUCUGUACAGAGAAGGCUUCGAGGCGGUCUUUGGCUCUUGGAUGGGAAGAUAUGCUUGCCCUUUCUUGUAUGUACUAGCCAAACGUCUCUACCACUUGUACUUACAUGAGCAGGUUCGGUCACAAUCUAGCAGACAAAUACGUCAGCAUAUCUGACCUCUGUCGCCAUCUCGAUGGGUGCAUAGUAGAUACUGGCGACAGUCAAUUAGUCGGUCGAUGUCGAGAUAUUGAACAGUCUUUACAGAGCACCAUUUCUGCGUUCGCGGCACGAUGGCUCCCUGUUACAUCUCCAGAGCCAAAUUCCAACGAGGAUCACUGCAGUCUUGUCCAGACUCUCUGGAGGCAUGCUCGAAGGGACAUGUUACGUGUCAUCAACAGACCGUCUUACCGAUCAAUGCUGUCUCUGCUUCUGUUUGCCCUCACGCCGAUACCUGAGGGUAUUUCAGAGGAAGAGGAGACAGAUGGGAUUUCCGGUCAGGCUUGUGUUCAUGCAGCCUUGCAGCAGAUACAAACACUACGUGCACGUCAGAGAAACCUACAAUUCAGCGGAUCCAAAGUUUCUCCGUCUCUCAAGUCGCAAGCUAUUGUCACAACACCAGAGUCAAUCGAGACAUCAGGCUUCAUAAACGCCGAAAGUACUGUAUACUGGGCAGCUCUAACAUUUGAUACCUCCGCAUCUCUCACCCUCAAUUGUCGCUCCCUUCUAUCUUCGGGUCUCUUCGGCUUCGAAUCUGAACUCCCAUGGCGUCUCGUCAAAACUUGCGCCAAGAUGUUCGAUGAGAACGCCCGUCAGUGGAAGCAAGGUAGCUCAGACAUGACAGAUGAAAGGGCGAAUCAAAUCAUUGCUGCUGGGGCCUCUUGGAAACUUCUUGGAUGGAAAGUUACUGCCAUUUUCAAAGAAGCUCUGAGAGAUGGCCAUGAGGAGUCAGAGGUUCGGAGAGCGUACCUGGCCGUAGUUGACUCUGUUAAACAAUUUGGGAUCAUUUAUCGUCCUCUUUUGGAUGAAUGUCAUAAACGCAUGCCUUUUCUUGGGCAGCAGACAAAGCUUCGAUGGUUUUCUCUUAUGCUUCACUACCAUCUCAGCAUUCUCAUGCUGGUGGAUAUUAUCGAAGCCACAGACCGUCAAGACCUUCUCCCAGAUAUAACCGACAUAUGCAUCGAUGCUGAAAACACGGUGAUGAAUACUCUAGCAUUCGGUUUGCACAACACAUUCACAUUAAAGCGACCUCGCGAUUCAAUCGAGAGCGAUGGUUUCAGUAGGAGACAAACGGUAUUCACAGUACCGAUCGUGUCUAUUGAUCCAUAUCCGCACCAUGCCGUUGCUGGGGUGCAGUUACUGAGGAAAGCCAUUGACCGCGACUUUGGCAUUGGAAAAAUCACCGAAGAAACUUAUCAGAGUUUACUGUCCACGUUAGAGAGGACGUUGAGGCAUUUGCCGCAGAGCUCAAAGUCUGUGCAGGCAGCGAUAGCAAAGUUCUCAACAACGGCUGAUGAAAAUAGUGUACAUCCUAGUGUUUUAGUCUAAAUACCACACGUUCCCAUCGGCUGACUCAAAAUGCAAGCCCUUUGUUUGAGUGAUACCAACAGUUUACCAUGUACGAUU